AUGCGCAGGGACCGUGAUGAAUCUGAGCGCAAGCUAGGUCUCAACAGCUACCUGCUGCUGGAGCAGGUUCCUGUUUUUCUAGAGCAAAGAACCAAGUAUUGCCAAGAUUUUCCAAUUUAUAGGAGGAAUCCAGACUUUGGUUACGUGCUGUCUUUGGUCUGUCCGAACUCCUCCCAGGCUUGGUGUGAGAUCACGAAUGUGUCACAGCUGCUGGCUUCUCCUGUCCUCCACAGGGACCUGAAUCCCAGCCUAACCAACUUGAGCAUUUCUGCAAAUGUAGAAAACAAAUACAGCCUUUAUGUGGGCCUGGUCCUGGCAGUAAGUUCCAGUAUUUUUAUUGGCUCCAGCUUCAUAUUGAAAAAGAAGGGCCUCCUGCAACUGGCCAACAAGGGCGUUACUAGAGCUGGUCAAGGUGGACAUUCUUACCUCAAGGAAUGGCUGUGGUGGGCAGGAUUACUCUCAAUGGGAGCAGGAGAGGCUGUGAACUUUGCAGCGUAUGCUUUUGCACCUGCCACGUUGGUCACACCCCUGGGAGCGCUCAGUGUUCUCAUCAGCGCAAUAUUGUCUUCCUAUUUUUUAAAUGAGCACUUGAACAUUCAUGGGAAAAUAGGCUGCAUAUUAAGUAUAUUGGGGUCAACUGUGAUGGUUAUCCAUGCUCCACAAGAAGAGGAAGUCGCUUCUUUGCAUGACAUGGAAAUGAAAUUGCGAGACCCAGGAUUCAUUACCUUUGCCGUGAUCAUUACCACGAUUGCCUUGGUGCUGAUUUUAAUUGUGGCUCCCAAGAAAGGGCAGACCAACAUAUUGGUCUACAUCGCUAUCUGUUCGUUGAUUGGAGCGUUUUCAGUUUCUUCUGUGAAGGGCCUGGGAAUUGCCAUUAAGGAACUCUUGGAAUGGAAGCCAGUUUACAAGAACCCCCUGGUCUUUGUUUUGCUGGCUGUACUUGUCCUUUCAGUGACGACACAGAUUAACUAUCUCAAUAAGGCACUGGACACCUUUAAUACAUCUCUUGUCACUCCCAUUUACUAUGUGUUCUUCACGUCCAUGGUCGUGACUUGCUCUGCCAUCUUAUUCCAAGAAUGGUACGGCAUGAAAGCUGGAGAUGUCAUCGGGACCCUGAGUGGGUUCUUCACCAUUGUCAGUGGCAUCUUCCUUCUACAUGCUUUCAAAAACACUGACAUUACCUGGAGUGACCUGACGUCCACGACUCAGAAAGGAGUCGCCUCUCUGAAUGGCAGUGAUGACAAGUAUGUCUUACUAGACAAUAUAGAAUGUUCGACCUUGGGAUACGAGGAUGACAUCACCCUGUUUAGCAGGACUCGUGAGUGAUCAAAGCCUCUACAAACCCUGAACUUGAACCAAUAAGAGACACUUGGUGAGGAGAAGGGAUACCUGAUUCUUGGAAGAACUGUUAGGAAAGCCGACAUUUUAAAAGUUCUAACUAAUAAUGUAGAUGUGAGGCCAAAUAAAAAAUGCCUUCAUUUUUGGCCAUCACAUUUGAAAAUCAAGAUUUUUAUCAUCCUCCAAGAAGACUUCUGCUGUUUCUGAUUUCUGCAAACUUGAAAUAGUCCCAAGUAUAAAAGAAGUCAGAGUAAUCUCUUCCUUCUGGCCACACGAUAUUUGACCCUGCCAGGUGGCUCUUCAUUUCAUCGGCUGCUCUUCUCAGUCUCAUAGUAAUUCACAGAUAAACUUAACUGUGUGCUGUAAGCAGAGUAUCAAUCAUUCUCUGAUGAGUCAUAGUUUCAAAUUAUUGAAAUUGAGAAGUGAGGUCACUGAUGCUUUUCCUCCCCUCCACAACUUCAUUUAUCUAAACAGAUAGCUGAAGGGUAGAGUGUUAAAGAGAAAAAUAGGUCUGCUCUGGAAAUCUCUUUGUGUGUUAGAAUGCCAAGACAUUGGUCUCUGAAGAGUUUAUGAAUUGUAAUUGUAAUUGAUUGACAUAUCAUAGAAGUUUAUUACCAAUUAAAAAGGGGAGAGUGGCCCUAACCUGUUUGUCUCAGUGGUUAGAGCAUCAGCUCAUGGACUGGAGGGUCUCGGGUUCGAUUCCUGACAAGGG